CAUAACGAAACGCACAAUAAUGCAAUCAUGGAUCAAAAACAUUGAGGGGAAAAGAAAGUCUUUUCCAUCAUUCAUCAGGUUUGCAACCCCCUCCCCUAAACCGAAAAGAUGGCUCAAUACUUGGGCACGUACGCCUUCACCCGAAAUGCCGUGCCGGAAGGCGUUUAUGUCCAACCCAAUACCGCAUCCCUCACUUUUAGGACGGCCCUCGCCCGAGGGAGUAGGGGCAGUACCACCGGACUCGAUCUGGACUUGAUUUAUGCAUGGGGCUCUAGCGGAAGCUUUGGUCUGCCCGCCAACUGAUCUCCCGUUUGUGUACAUGGGAAAGUUUCUCACCGUCAACGGCCGAACGUAUACCAUCAACUCCGAAUGGACCAACGUCGCGGGCCACGCUUCGGGGCUUCAAUACGUCAACCAUCCAGGUGUGAAGCUGCAGAUGACCCAGGAUCCCAAGUCCCUUCCCAAUGGUCAGCCCGGCGAGUACAUCUACCAGCUUGAUCAACCCGACGCAUCCUCCUUCUACUUUGAUGCACACGGAAAGCCCAUGCAAAAGUGCGAGCCGGACGGGUCUUACAUCCUCUACCACUACAAAUCUUCUGGGAAGAACCUCGGCGCCGAAUGCACCCGGACCCUGUUGGAUUCUAUCCAGCAUUCCUCGGUUGAGAGCAUUCAGUUCGCGUACACGGACGACGCGCAGAUUGCCAUCACUGCCCCAAGCGGGACCACCACCACAGUUCAGUUCGACGAGAACACCGUUGUAACCUUGGAGGAGACUUCAGCUGAUCGGCGCUGGGUGUUUGACUGUAUUCCCUGUGUGCAAGACUCGGCGAAACAUGUCCUGUCCCGAAUCGCCCACCCAGACGGUAUCGGAUCGCUUUUCGACUAUGGCGUAAUCGAAGGCUUGAACGACCAAGGCCGUUCCUUCUAUCUCUCGCACGUAUCCACUUACUCGGUGUGUGACACGGAUGACAGCGUUCAACAAAGCACCAAGUACGAGCUUGGGCGGUAUUCGCGUGGCAAUAGCUACACCGGUGCAAGUAUUGGAUGCAGGGUGAAUGAUACCGCGGAUGAAUUGUUUGAAGGGUCGGGUAAGGCCCCGGGGUAUUGGUACGAUGUGACCCAGUCGAGCUGUGACAGUGCGGAUAGGGAAACUGCCAUGCUUACUCGCUCGUUCAACAAUUACCAUCUGCUCACGGAAGUGGUUCGGUACCGAUUGGUUGAGGGGGACUUCUUAGAAGAUCAGAAAACGGUCUACACGUACGAGAUUCCCAGUGAUGGCCGUGCGGCAACGACCACCUAUGCGCAUCCGGUGUCUGUUGCACACUUUGCCAACACGGCCAGUCAAGGGGAGCCUGUCUGGGCCUCUCGAGGUGUGCUGUCACAAGUUCAAAUUGACCGUCUGGAGAAAUCGCACAUGUGGUAGUUUCCCAGGAGGAACAUACCUACAUUUGUGAGUGAGAAUUGGC